UAAUUGACGUUGUUUUAGUCUCUCAUCGAGGUGACAUGAACAGGCAAGACAAUAAAGUAUAUUGUACAUAGGUGUGGUCCGUAUAUUUAAUAAAGCUAACGAUGAACAAGAAAAGCAACGUUACAUGGGUUAAGCCAGCUGAGCCAACCUUUUUGAAGAAGUUCAAGGAUGAUGUUGGUUUCCAGGAAGGACCCACAAUUGACGCCAAGCGCCAAGAGAUGCCAGUACUGGAUGAUGACAGUGGGAGUGAUCAUGAGGAUGAAUUGCCACAAGUCGUGGUCUUAAACACGGGAGAUCUCAGUGCUGACGAAGUAAAAAAUAUAAAGAAUGGCACUGCAAGUGUCACAAAACAGGAGGAGCCUGCAGCAGAGGGGAAGAUAAUGUUUAAGAAGCCAACAAACAACUUCUCUGAAAAGUUCCAGGGCAUCACUGCAAGCUCUAACAAGAAGAGAAAGAGUGGACAGGAUAAGAAGGGGAAGUCAGGAAAGAAAGUAAAGAACAACAGUCUUUUGUCUUUUGGGGGAGACGAUGAGGAAGAGGACUAGAUGGUAUCGAUCAAUGGAAGAUUUCAGACGAGAGACUUCUCAUUGAGAAUAGAACUGAUAGUCCUUUCUGUUGGCCUCUAUGUACACAUCACUAGUCAGUCCUCUUUGCUAGGCAUUUAGAGUCUGGUUUGUAAUAACUGAAAUACAACUCUAGAACUACAAAUGUUAUGAAGAUAAGCCAGAUAGUUGAGUUCUAUAUCAAAGAAAUACAGGAAAACAUUAUAGGAUAUGUAAACAAUAAUCAUUUUAUAAGUUGCAUUCAGUAAGGCACUACAUGUAUAGGUUUGAGCUGUGACAGCAGCAUUUUGAAUUAAAUAAGGCAUUAUUGAAUUGCCACGUUUAAUUAUUUAAUGCGUUUUUGUUGAAUAGAUUUUGUGACUUUCCUAAGAUAAAUAAUGUGACAAACAAAUAUUAUACCUGUUUAAAUCAAUCAUCAAAUAACU